ACUAUUUUAUUUACAUUGUCUAAUGUCUUAAAAUUGUGCGAGAACUCGCAACUAGAUACGUCGUCCGCGUUAGGUUAUCGUUAUUAUUAUUUUUUUUUUUUUUACUGUACCUAAUUAUUAGUUUUUGAAACAUAACAAUACCUAUAAUUGUUUUCAAUUUAUAAUUUCGUUGAUUGUCGACGACUAACGACAAGUCGACAAAUGACAAUAACGAGAUAAAUUAAACUACAAUCGAUCUUUGAUAUUUCAAUAAUUCUACAUUCUAUAUAUUUCUUUUAAAAUUCAUAAAUAGCUGUUGAUUGUAGAUUAUCAGUUUGGUUGACAUACCAUACACUGUUUGCUUAGUUAACUGUACUGUUUUACGCUUUAGAUCCGUAACAAUCAUAUAUUUGCACAUAUUUUAACAUGUAUGUGCAAGUAUCAGCAAGUGAAAACAGUGAUCCCAUUGAUAUGCCUACAGAAGAAGACAACAGUCUUCUUUUAUCUACUUUAGAAGCACAAUAUCCUGGGAUAAUUGGUUUGAAGUAUCGUGUUAAUAAUAGGUUACGUAUAGUACGUCUCAAUGAAGGCAAAUUAUACCCUCCUGAAGAUGGCUGGUUAGAUCGUAUGUAUUUGUGUAAUUUUCGUAAUACACCUGCAGAAAAACGUAAACACAGUGAAAUUGAAGAUAGUAAUAAGGUUGAAGAUGAUAACAGUGUUUCUGAUAUGGAUUUGGUUGUGCUGGGUUUACCAUGGAAGGUAACUGAAGAGGAUUUGAAAAAAUAUUUCACCAAAUUUGGUCAAGUAGAAUAUACUCAAAUUAAGACUGAUCCUAAUGGUAAAUCAAAAGGGUAUGGAUUUGUCAGGUUUAAGCACAAGAAGUCUCAAGUCCGUGUUAUGCUUGAACGACACAACAUUGAAGGUCGGUGGUGUGAUGUACGUAUACCAAAUAGUAAAGACAAACAUGUAAAUAAAGUUCCUCGUAAAGUAUUUAUAGGUCAAGUGUCUGAAGAAGUGGAUGAAGAAGCAUUAAAAAAUUAUUUUAUCAAAUUUGGAGAAAUUUCAGAUUUAUUUUUACCUAGGCCACAUAGAGGUUUUGCAUUUGUGACGUUUACUGACCCUUUAUCAGCUCAAAAAGUUAUUGGUAAAGAUCAUAAAGUUGGCGAUUGUAGUGUAGUAUGUACAGAAGCUAUACCAAAAAAAGAAAUGGCUCCUAAAUGGAAUGAUUAUGACAGUAGAGACAGAGUUAAGGAUAGGAGAAGAGACCGAUCACCCAAUCAGCCACAAGCCUGGUCCCAAGAUAGCAUUUGGGACUAUGAUCAGGAUUACUAUGACCGGCUAUAUAGUCGAGGAAGUGGGCACCAAUCAGUCAAUAAUAGUUAUACAAAUGAAAAGAAUAUAAAUUCAGACAUGGUAGCAGCUGCAGUAAACAAAGCAGUAAUGGGAGUGAUUGGAAAUUUGAAAGGACAGGGUAAUCAAGGUGAUAAAUUACAAGGAACUGAUGAUUGGUGGAUGAGGAGAUAAAUAAGUUAUUGAAUUCAAAAUAUUACCUUUGAGAUACUUAUAAAAAAAUAUCUCUCAAACUAGUAUUUAUAUUAUAGAAUUGAUUUUGAUUACCCAAAUAAAAAAAAUGGGGAAAAUAUCGAUAACUACAGAUUAUAAAUUAAAAGUUAAUACACCAGUCAUUGACUAUCACAUGCAAGUUCCUCGAUAAUAUUCUGACUAUAGGUACAAAACAAACUAUUCAAAAUAAAUUUUUUUUAAUAUAUUUUAUAGAUAAUUUGUUUAUCUAUUAAUAUUGUUGGCAAUUUUAUAUCUGUAUCAUCACAUCUUUUUUUAUAAAUAUCUUUUCAACGGUGAUAGCUUAUAUUUACAUCACAAAUUAUCCACUUUUAAUUUAGUAAGAAAGAAAUAAAAAUUGUUAUAUUUUAUCUAUUGUCAUUUUUAUCUUUUUUUUUUUUAAAUGGAUUUUAAUCAAUUAUUGGUAUGCAAGAAUAAAACAAAUAAAUCUUAUCUUAUUUUUACAAAAUUAUGGUUUUUGUUUUUAAUAUUGUCUUAUUAUUAUUUUCAUUAAUGAAAUUAUACAGUUUUGUAUAAUUUUUAUUCUUAUCAAUGUUUUAAUAAAUGUCAUCAGACAUCAUUAUUUAACAUUCAUAAAAUAUUUUAUUUUUGUUUCUUCUUUUUACAAAGUUGUAUUUAUUUUCCAAUUACCAUAUGUGUGUCUUUAAAUUUAAACAUAUUUUUGUAAACACCUUAAUGAAAUACAUACACUUAGAUUUAAAUUUAAGGGUUAAGUAUGUAUGUAAUUCACACAGUACUUAUAAUUAUAAUGCAAAUAAAAAUGAUUUAUUAUGUAAUAUUUGAAAAAAAUAUUCUUUAUCAAUUUUUUCCAAUCAAGUUUACAUAAUAUUUUAUUCAUUUAAUUAGGGCUAGGGUCUUAUAACAUGUUCCUUUUUUGUAUAUGAGUUAAAAUCCAAUUUUUUAAAUUAAUAUGUAAAUGAUUAUUGCUUUUUUGCAAUUAUUCCAACUGUGGAAUUUUAAUAUGUUUAUUGUACUAAUAUAAUAAUACAAUAGAUUAAAUUAAAUAAAUAAGAAAUGUAAAAAUAGCUUCUUUGUUAUGCAUGACAGAAGUUAUAGUUCUCAAUCUAACAGCUUGUAUGAAAUAUGCUAGUGCCUUAAAUAUGCAUCACUUAGGUUAGGUUACGUGUAAAGCAAUCAUUUCAAUGUAUAAAACCAUUUUGUCUGAUAAUAUAAUUGAUUUUAGAAUAUUCUACCAUUAAUGAAAAUAUAAAUACACGGUCGUUAAUUCUUUUUUUAAAUUGUUUUAUUUAAUUUUUUGUCACGUUUUUUUUUUUUAAAAAAAAAAAUAAAGACUUACUUUUUUCAAACAAUUU